UAUGCAUGGGUUUAGAUCGCCAGGUUGCAUAUCAGCCACUACAGUGGACUCUUGUGAGUCAUCCCAUACACUGCCACCCAUUGGCCAACUGUGUUUAGUGCAACAUUUUUUUUGUCAAAACCAAGAUGGCCGACAAAGUAGCAGGAAUGUCAAGCAGCUCAGGAAUAUCAGCUAAAAGCUUCUACAGUAGGAGACCCUGGCAGGCAUUGCAACAACAGGGCACCUAUGGCACUGGCACAUGCAGAAAGAACAGGCUCCAGGGAGCACAGCUGAAACUAAAGGAUGAAAAGCAACUCCGAACGGAAGGAAGAGGAGCUUGCUCUGUUGUCACCAAUGCUGAAAACAUCACUGUCACACGUUGGUUAGACAGUUCAGUGAUCCACAUGGCCUCUUCCUGUGCUGGCCAGUCCCCAUCAGAUUUGGCCCAGAGAUGGAGCAAGAAAGAAAAAGAGAUGCUUAACGUCCCAAGGCCUUUUGCUGUGAAGCUGUACAAUCAGCACAUGGGAGGAGUAGAUCUCAUGGAUCAACUUGUCGCGAUGUACCCCCACCGACGCAAAAACAAACGGUGGUACAUGAGAGUGUUCUUUCACUUCUUGGAUGUAACCACUGUGAAUGCCUGGCACCUCUACAGAAUGUCUGGAUUGGAAAACAAGAAUCUUCUGCAUUUCAAGGCAUCUGUAGCUCGUGCGCUGAUAAAUGCAGGUUCCAUCCAGACACAGAGAAGAGGAAGACCCAGUACCACCCCACCUCCUUUGAAGCGCAGAGCAGUGUCCAAGCCGGCCCCUGAGAUCAGGUUUGGCCCUGGAAGCCACUGGCCUCUGCUCACAGAAGCAAAAAAUGCAAACAGAUGCCAUGAUGCCGCCUGCACACGGAAAACCAAGUACAUCUGCAUGCACUGUCUAGUGGCUUUGUGCCCUGGGUGCUUUGCCAAUUUUCAUAGCAGAUAGACUUGGUGAAGCGAUGUACCAGUCAGUCAAACUGAAGUGACUGUACUGCUGAAUUACAUCUGGAAAAAAAGUUGAUGGACAAUGUUGUUCUGUUACGUUUAUGGAAAAGGUUCAUGGAAAAAAUGGUUCAACGUUUUUGCAUUACAUUGAAGUUUUAAAAAAAAGGUUAAAUUUAAUGCAAUUAAAAUUACAAUAUGUUAAAACAUGUGAACAGGCAUUAAACAUAUAUAUUAUUUUAUGUUUUUUUACAUAAUAUAUCAUUUUAUUCACUGGUUUGAUGUUAUGGAUAAUAACACUGUUGAAAACUCAAACGCAUGCAGGCCACCUGAGUGGACAUGUGAAAAUCUCUGUGAAAAAAGUGUGUUUUGAAAAAAUUAAGUUAUAUUUUGUUUUUUCAUGCCUAAAGAAGAAUAAAAACACUUGAGAAAAAAAUCCAGACUGAGGAUAUCAUAAUUCAUGCAUGAAAGGGUU